ACCAAAUGUCAAUGGGUUUCGUCGGAAAGUUUUCGUGUUACAUCAUUUAAGAAAAACAAAUUCUCUAACAAAAAUAAUACAAAUAAUUAAAAAAAUAAUACAAAUAAUUUGUGAAUAUAAACAAAAAUCAUUGAAAAUUAAGUGCUGUUGCCAUUUCAACUUGGUUUGGAAGCCAGCAACAGCAGUGAGUAUCUGUAAAACAUAAAAAUACUAACAAAAUACAAUGACCGAAGAAUCAAAUAAUCAGUUUUAAUAGAACAUAAGUUUAUUUACCAACCCCACACAAAAAAAAAUCAACUGCAAUAAUCAGACUCUACAUUGAUUUGGUGUUAUCAGCCCAGCUACGGAAGUAUUUAAAUUAAAUAUAGAUUAAAUUUGGAGAAACUCCCAGUUAGUUUUUCAAAGACCCCCUGUAAAUUAGUUAACCUACAUCAGUUUUCUUAUUUUAUUUGUUUUAAGUUUAUUUUUUCAAAUCACUACUUUGCCUGGUAUGCCAGUUUGUUUUGAAACUUCGAAAAACAUAAACAAUAUAAAUUAAAAUUUAGAAAACGACGUUUAAUAGAACGAAACUAAUACGUACAUACAUAAAAGCAGCAAAUAUUUAUUUAGAUACAUAGCUUUUUGUGUUUGUUUUAUAAUUUAUCUUUGAUUUAUCACAAGUUAAGUCAAAGACAUAGUAUAUUUCAUUCAUUAUAGUAAUAAUUGUUAAGAAACAAAACAAAAAAGCCAGAUAAUUUCUUUUGCAUAUUAAAAAAAACAACCAUUUAUUUUCGUAAAUAAUGGCGGCCUACUUGAAUCGUACACUUUCUGUGGUCACUGGUAAUGGCGGCAACGCCGGUAACACUUCUUCCAAUUCACACAAUAAAUCAUUAAAUUACGAUCCGACUGCGUUGAUGUCCGAAAAUCGUACCAUGCACAUCAAUGCUGAUAAAUCACCCUUACAGGUCUUUGUUAGAGCCAAAAAGAAGAUCAACGAUAUUUAUGUGGAAAUUGAGGAAUAUGUCAAUGAAACAACACAAUUUAUUAAUGCCUUACAUGCUGAAGCUGAUAUUGUCGACAAAGCAGAGCGUGAGCUGUUUGAAAGUUAUGUGCUUAAAGUGUCCGGUAUUCGCGAGGUAUUGGCUCGCGAUCACAUGAAAGUGGCCUUUUUUGGUCGUACCUCUAAUGGCAAAAGUUCCGUAAUCAAUGCCAUGUUACGUGAGAAAAUCCUACCCAGUGGUAUUGGUCAUACAACAAAUUGUUUCUGUCAAGUGGAGGGCAGCGACAGUUCGGAGGCUUAUUUAGUAAAAGAGGGUUCAGAUGAAAAACUUAAUGUGGUGAACAUCAAACAAUUGGCCAAUGCUUUGUGCCAGGAGAAACUCUCCGAAAGUUCCUUGGUGCGUAUAUUUUGGCCACGUGAACGUUGCAGUCUUUUGCGUGAUGAUGUGGUCUUUGUCGAUUCACCUGGUGUGGAUGUUUCAGCAAAUUUAGAUGACUGGAUUGAUAAUCAUUGUUUGAAUGCCGAUGUCUUUGUUUUGGUCUUGAAUGCUGAAUCCACAAUGACCCGAGCUGAAAAACAAUUCUUUCACACAGUAUCGCAGAAACUAUCGAAACCCAAUAUUUUCAUACUCAAUAAUCGUUGGGAUGCUUCGGCCCAUGAGCCCGAAUCUCAAGAAUCGGUUAAAAUUCAACAUACAGAACGUUGCAUUGAUUUUCUCACGAAAGAGUUGAAAAUCACCAACGAAAAAGAGGCAGCCGAGCGUGUAUUCUUCGUUUCGGCCCGUGAAGCAUUGCAGGCCCGCAUUGAGGAAGCCAAAGGCAACUCUCCCAGCCAGGGUGCUCUGGCUGAGGGCUUCCAAAUUCGUUAUUUUGAAUUUCAAGAUUUUGAGCGCAAAUUCGAAGAAUGCAUUUCCAAGAGUGCCGUUCAAACGAAAUUCGAAAAACACAGUUCUCGUGGCAAAACCCUUUCCGGUGAUAUGCGUUCUAUGCUCGACAAUAUCUUCGAACGCAUUACAAUAUUCCGCAAUCUGAAAGUGGAUCAAAAGACAUUACUCAACGAACGCAUACAGGGCACCGAAACGGAAAUGAUGAAUGUUACACGUGAAAUGAAAUUGAAAAUUCACAAUAUGGUGGAAGAGGUUGAACAGAAAGUUUCGAAAGCUUUGAAUGAGGAAAUUUGGCGUUUGGGUGUUUUAAUUGAUGAAUUCAAUAUGCCCUUCCAUCCGGAACCGUUGGUAUUGAAUAUCUAUAAAAAGGAAUUGAAUGGUCAUGUGGAAGCGGGUUUGGGUUCCAAUCUUAGGGCCAGAUUAUCGAUGGCUUUGGCGAUGAAUGUGGAGGCAGCUCAACGGGAAAUGACCGAACGCAUGCAUGCUUUGCUACCUAAUGAAAAAAUAAUGCCUCCUACAAAAAUUGUUGCACGUUCGCAACCAUUCGAAAUGUUGUACUCGUUGAAUUGUCAGAAUUUGUGUGCUGAUUUCCAAGAGGAUUUAGAUUUCAAAUUCUCCUGGGGCAUAACAGCCAUGAUACAACGUUUUACCGGCAAAGUAAGGGAACGCAAUAACUAUAAGAAACCAGCCAUAAUGAAUCGUCAAGGCAGUGUUGUGCAAAAUCCUAUAUCACCAAUAUCACCAGUUAAUGAUACACCAUUGUGUCUUAUACCCACACCAGUGGGCAAUAUUACCCAAGAACAAUUGUCGAUAAUAUCACGUUUUGCAUUGACCUCAAUUGGAUCUCAAGGCACAGUGGGUGGUCUUAUAGUUGCUGGCAUUAUGCUCAAAACUAUUGGUUGGCGUGUGUUAGUGGGAGUUGGUGCUUUAUACGGUUGUAUUUACUUUUACGAACGUCUUUCCUGGACUAACUCAGCCAAGGAGAGAGCCUUUAAGUCUCAAUAUGUGCGUCAUGCUACUAAGAAAUUAAAAAUGAUUGUGGAUUUAACAUCUGCCAAUUGUAGUCAUCAAGUGCAACAGGAACUAUCCAGCACAUUUGCUCGCCUGUGUCGUACCGUUGAUACAGCCACCACCGAUAUGAAUGAAGAGUUAAAAACAUUGGAAAGCCAAUUGACCGUGUUGGAAUCCAAUCAAAAACAAUUGAAAUUAUUACGCAACAAAGCCAAUUACAUACAAAAUGAAUUGGAAAUAUUUGAAAAUAAUUAUAUUGCAUUAAAUUAGUCCACAACCAACAAUCCUCCUUAACUAGAUCAUAGGUCAAUGGUGUAAACGUGGAAGUACCUAUUUGAUUUACAAACUUUUUGUGUGUGUAAGUUUAAUGGUGAGAUUCUUUUUAAAGGAAUUAUUAAGAAUGUAUUGGCUGAGGAGUAUUUACGAAUAAACUCUAGAUUAUUUGCAUGAAUUUCGAACUAUAGAAUAUUGAGAAAGAAAAAACAAACAAAUAAUUCAGCAAUUUUAAGAAAUGAAACAUUUAAAUUUUGUUAAUAUCCAAAGCUUUAUAUUGAUUAUUUAAACAAUCAUUUUAUUAUUUAAUUGUGUUGCUUCAUAUUAUGACAUAUUAUUGUGUAUUAUUAUUUUAUUUUAAUAUUUUGCAUCUUUGCUACUACUACAACUUGAAAAACAAAAACAUUGUGUUGAACACGGCCAGGGGCCAGUUAUAAUGGUGGUUUCUAAUCUAUAUAUAUUUUUAAUUAGUAAAAAAAAACGUUAUUUUAUUUUCCCCUGCUCUGUCCCCUCCUUUCGAGUGUAAUAAGUAGGAGUUGUUUUUUUUUUGUCAAUUAAAACUUGAAUUGAUUUCAUUUUUUUUAAUUUUACAUUUAUAUUUGCAUAAAAUGUUUGUUAAUUUAUCAAUAUUGAUUAUACUGUAAUAAAUAAAAAAUAAAAAGAAGAUAUAACAAUUUAUUCUAAAAAAAUUUAAAUAA